AUGAAAGGCGAAAUCGAGAAGCAGGUGAUGGAGAUGCUUAAGACAGGGAUCAUCCGAGCCACUGUACCUGACAAGUUUCCUAUCUUGGUGAUGGAAGAAUUAUUGGAUGAACUGAGGGGAGCUAGCCGAUCUUGGGAGGAGCAUUUGAAGCAUUUCGGGUUAGUGUUGAGGAAGCUGGAGGAGAACAGUUGGGUGGCUAACAGGAAGAAAUGUGAGUUUGGCAUGAUCCAGAUAAGAUAUCUUGGACAUUUGAUCUCAGAAAGGAGGGUAAAGAUGGAUCAAGAUGAAGUGAGGGUUGUGAUGGAUUGGGAAAAGCCCAAGACGUUGAAGGCUUUAAGGGGGUUUUUGGGUCUGACGGGGUACUAUAGGCGUUUCGUGAAGGAUUAUGGGAAGAUUUCCAAGCCAUUGACCGAAUUGCUUAAGAAGGGGCAGUUUACAUGGAUAGAGCAAGCUGAUGUAGCCAUGACUAGAUUGAAGGAGGUCGUUACUACUGCACCAGUAUUAAUUCUACCUGACUUUGACCAACCUUUCCAUAUUGAGUGUGAUGCACCAGGAGGAGUAGGAGCGGUUCUCACACAAGGAAAAAGGCCCAUUACUUUCUUCAGCAAGGCUUUAUCGGAGGGAUCGUUGAACAAAUCGAUAUACGAGAAAGAACUAAUGGCUUUGGUCAUGGCCAUACGACACUGGAGACCCUAUCUAUUGGGCCAAAGAUUUGUAGUUCACACUGACCAAAGGAGCCUCCGAUACCUAUUGAAGCAACGCAUUACCACCCAGAAUCAACAAAAUUGGAUCGCAAAGCUCCUAGGGUAUGAUUUUGAAAUAAUGUAUAAGUCAAGGGAUAUCAACAGGGUUGCAGAUGCUCUAUCUCGAAAAAAGGAGGAAAGUACAGAGGAUGAGAAGGAAUUGAGGGUCGUGGAUGAAGCAUUGAAGAAGACAGGGGGGCACUCAGGGGUAUAUCGAACGUACCACAAGAUAGCUCAAUCAAUUUAUUGGAUAGGAAUGAAGAAAGCAGUGACUAAUUUCGUUGCAAGCUGCCUGGUGUGUCAACAACAUAAGUACUUGUCAUCUUCUCCACAGGGGUUGCUGCUACCUUUGCCCAUACCCAACGCUAUUUGGGAGGAAGUAAGCAUGGAUUUUAUAGUGAAGUUGCCCAAAUCCCAAGGGUAUGAUGUUGUAUUGGUGGUGGUGGACCGUCUCAGUAAAUAUGGGCAUUUCAUCCCACUAAAACAUCCUUAUUCAGCUCGUACCAUAGCUGAGGUAUUUGUUAAGGAGAUUGUCAGGUUGCAUGCGGUACCAAUGUCUAUUGUUAGUGACAAAGAUCCACUAUUUUUAAGUAUCUUCUGGAAGGAGCUGUUUAAAAUGCAGGGCACCCAACUACAGAUGAGCAUUGCCUAUCAUCUUGAAUCGGACGGGCAGACUGAGGUGUUGAACAGGGUGUUAGAGGGUUAUCUGAGAUGUUUUUGCUUAGAACAACCAAAGGGGUGGAGUUCAGUGCUACAAUGGGCUGAGUAUUGGUACAAUACUAGCUACCAAGAAGUGGUGGGGUGUACUCUGUUUGAAAGAUUGUAUGGGAGAUCUCCUCCUUCUCUGCACAGGUUUGUACCAGGGGAAACCUUAGUGGAAGUCGUCGAUCAGGAGCUGCAGACAAGGGACGAAGCACUGAAAUAG